UUUGUCAACUGUCAUUACUUAAGUCUUAAAAGUUGUGAAUUGUAUUAAAUAAUUAAUAUUCGUUAAUAGUUAAUACUUCUUGAAAGGGUUUUGCAGUUAUUGUUCUUCAUAAAUUAUUAGAUUUAUAAAAUGUUAAGUCUCAAUAUGUUGAAACAAUUUUCACGCUUAGCAAUAAAUUCGGUUGCUAAAGCAACAGUUAAUGCCAGAAAUAUUAAUACGUCUGCAGUUGUUCAGAUCAGGAUAACCGACCAAUUAUGGGCAGAACCUAUGAAAAAGAAGAAGAAAAUGGAUCCCGCCAUAAUAAAAGCGCGUGAAGAAAGGCGUCGUAAAAAGUUAGAGAAAAAUAUUAGAAGGCUAGAAAAAAAUGCAAGACAGUUAAAACCAAUUGAUGAGUUAGAACCUCCACUACAUCUUACCGACUCUCUAGGAAAACGUAAAAGAAAAGUUCAAGUGACUCCUGAGCAACAAGAGGCGAGAGAUGUUUUACUAAAAGAAUGGACCCGUUACAAGAAACAGGAGUACAUGGCUAAUGUAGCCCAGAUAGAUAGAAUCAUGGCAUCACAAAGACGAGCACUAGACAAAUUGUAUGAAGAGAGUGAAGAUUUGUAUAAUGAAGCAAUAAUGCCUGAUCUGAGUCUGGUGCCAUAUUCCAUCUCAGGACCUUAUUCAACACCACCCAUUAAGAACUAUGAAUCGCCCGACGGUGAAUACACAGAUAUAUCCAAGAAUUGGGGAAAUUAGAUAGUGCCAUGUGGAAUAAAUCUUUGAAAUAGAAUGUAGUGUGCAUGUUAAUUUCUUCAGACUAAAAUUAAUGUCGCCAGAAGCAUAACUUAGAAAUAAGUUCUGCUGUUCAGCUUCUGGCGAUAUUUAUGUCAAUUUUUUUUGUAAAUAAAAUCUGCAAAUUUUCUCUUA